AUGUCAAAAGAAUAUAGUCCUCCAACUGGUGCACCAGCUUCGUGGGGUAAUGGCCAACAACAACAAGGUUACACUCCUCAAGGUCAACCAAAUUAUAAUAAUCAACAACAAGAUAGAGGGUAUGGCGGUUACCAACAACAACAACAAGGAUACGGUGGUCCUCCUCCUCCUCAAGGUGGUUAUUAUCAACAACAAGGUUAUCAACAACAACAAAAUUAUGGACCUCCUCAAGGUGGUUAUUACCAACAACAACAACCAGUAUAUGUUCAACAACAACCCCAAAGAAAUGAUGAUUGUUUAAUGGCUUGUUUAGGUGCCAUGUGUAUCUGUUGUACCUUGGAUAUGCUUUUCUAG